AUGAAGCUGUUUCUAAAAUAUCAACUUUUCGGGAUCCCGUUCCCUUUCAAUAAAACUUAUCGUGUCAGCACUGAAACUUUUAAUGCUGACCCUUUAGCGAGGUCGAUGAAUCUUGAAAGGCAUUACAGCGGCGAAUUCUCCAUGGCUUCAGUUCAGUCAAAUAAGGAUUUGGAAGAUCAAAACCAAGUUGAUGUUAGCCAUGAUGCACUCUUUGUUGGAAUUUAUGAUGGCUUUAAAGGCAACAGCGCUGCCCUCUAUAUCCGUAGAAACAUCUUUAGGGCCCUAUUGAGGCGUAUUGAGCUGAAUGAUAACCAUAUGACUGUGAAUAUUUUGAGGGAAGUUGUUGCGGAAAUCGAAAAUGGAUUUCAAGACUUUGCUAGAAAUAUUUACGAGGAAAAUCAUCAACGGGUAGAGAUAGGUUUAGUUAGUUCAGGUUGUUUGAUUUGUAUUAUAUGGAAAGGCAUACUGUAUCUUGCCAAUGUUGGAAACUCGCGCGCUGUACUUGGUUCUAUUAAGGGAGAUAGGUAUAAAAGAUUGCGCGUAAUGCAAAUGGUUAGAGAUCAUAGUUGUGAAAAUCCAGAUAUUCAAGAUGAACUCCAAGCAAUGUAUCCACGUGAUCCACAUAUUUGUGAAUUUACUCAAGUGCACCAUAUAAGUGAGUAUCAAGUGUACCCUGCACAUGAAUAUUAUUCGAACAAAGAUCCAUCGUGGACUGUUAAAGGCUUAAUAGAGACAAGCAGAUGUAUAGGAUAUGCAUACAUGAAGAGGAAACUGUUUACUGUGGGCACAUCAUUCAUAAUCCCGAUGGGAGAGCGAGUGGUUUCACUUUUUACAGGACCUGUGCUAACAUCAGAACCAGAAGUUUAUUCAAGAGUCUUAAAAGACACCGAUAGAUUCAUUAUAUUUGGAUCUAGUGGAUUUUGGAAAUUGAUGUCAAAUAAGCUUGCUGCUAGAAUUGUUAUACGCAGUCCACGAGAUGAUAUCGCGAAAAGACUAGCCAUAAUUGCUAUAGAGAAGGGGGCUGGUAAAAAGGGAAACAAGUACCGUGACAUUGUCGGGCUUCCUAAGGGAGAAGAAGUUAGCGGGAAUUGGGGUUUGGAACCUGGCAGAUCUAGACCGAUUUAUCAUGAUGAUAUAACUGUGAUUGUUGUAUUUUUCGACAGAAGGCCAACUGGUGUGAGGCCGGAGAUCAAAUGUUAUACUUGCAGUGAUUUCGCAGAUCAACCAUCAGCGUUUACACAUUUCUAUAAUAAUAUGAAUGUGUGA